AUGACAAACUACUUCUGCAAUGAUUCUUUUGUUAGACCGGUGACUUUUUGGAUUGUUGGUGAUUUUGAUAAACCUUCAGGGAGGCAGUUGUUGUAUGAUGCCAUUAAACAUCAGAAAUCCAGCAAUAAUGUUCGAAUUAGCAUGAUUAAUAAUCCUAGUGAAGAGCCAAACAGCAGCAACACCAUUGUCGCUAAGGCCAUAUGGGCAGCUCUGCAGACACAGACAUCAAAUAAUGCCAAGAAUUUCAUCACCAAAAUGGCAAAAGAAGAAAUUGCAAAGGCACUGGAGGCAGGAGCUGACAUCUUAGAAUUUGCAGUUGGGGGUAUGGAUACCAAUAUUUUUAAGGAAGCCUUUGAAUCUCCCAAAGUGGAUUUCAUUCUGUCCCAUGCUAUAUAUUGCAGAGACGUUCUCAAGCUGAAGAGGGGGCAGAGGGCUGUGAUCAGCAACGGAAGGAUAAUUGGCCCAUUAGAGGAUGGCGAGAUGUUCAAUCAGGAUGACUUCCACCUCCUUGAGAAUAUCAUCCUAAAGACAUCAGGACAGAAAAUCAAAUCUCAGAUUCAGCAGCUGGGAUUUGAAGAAGAUCUUGCUAGUGACUUGGUAAUGAAAGUGGAUGCUCUUCUGUCUGCUCAACCAAAAGGAGAGGCAAGAAUUGAAUAUCAAUUUUUUGAAGAACGAUACAGUGCAGUUAAACUGAGACCAAAAGAGGGAGAGACAUAUUUUGAUGUUGUGGCCAUUGUUGAUCCUGUUACCAGAGAUGCUCAAAGACUUGCUCCAUUACUUUUGGUUUUGAACCAACUGAUAAACAUGAACCUAAGGGUGUUUAUGAACUGUCAGUCAAAACUUUCUGACAUGCCUCUAAAAAGCUUUUAUCGCUACGUCUUGGAGCCGGAAAUUUCUUUCACAGCAGAUAACAGCUUUGCUUCUGGACCAAUUGCCAAGUUUUUGGAUAUGCCUCAGUCUCCACUUUUCACUUUGAACCUAAAUACUCCUGAGAGCUGGAUGGUGGAAUCUGUCAGGACCCCAUAUGACCUUGACAAUAUUUACUUAGAGGAGGUGGAUAACGUUGUUGCUGCGGAAUAUGAGUUGGAGUAUCUGCUUCUGGAAGGACACUGCUACGAUAUCACCACUGGGCAGCCACCUCGGGGCCUCCAGUUUACCCUGGGAACCUCAACCAAUCCUGUCAUCGUGGAUACCAUUGUUAUGGCCAACUUGGGUUACUUCCAGUUAAAGGCGAAUCCUGGUGCAUGGACACUAAGGCUCAGGAAGGGCAGAUCUGAAGAUAUCUACAGGAUCUACAGCCACGAUGGCACAGACUCUCCACCUGAAGCUGAUGAAGUUACUGUCGUUCUCAACAACUUCAAGAGUAAAAUUAUUAAAGUGAAGGUUCAGAAAAAACUGGACAUGAUGAACGAAGAUCUACUGAGUGACGGCACCAGUGAGAACGAAUCUGGAUUUUGGGAAUCUCUCAAAUGGGGAUUCACAGGAGGACAAAAGAAUGAAGAUGUGAAGCAGGAUAAAGAUGAUGUAUUAAAUAUAUUCUCUGUGGCUUCAGGACAUUUAUACGAAAGAUUCCUACGCAUAAUGAUGUUGUCUGUGCUGAAACACACCAAGACUCCCUUAAAGUUUUGGUUUCUGAAGAACUACUUGUCACCUAUGUUCAAGGAGUUCAUCCCAUAUAUGGCAAAGAAGUACAACUUCCAGUACGAGCUUGUCCAGUACAAAUGGCCACGCUGGCUUCACCAGCAAACAGAGAAACAGCGAAUCAUCUGGGGUUACAAGAUCCUCUUUCUGGACGUGCUCUUCCCGUUAGCUGUUGAUAAAAUCUUAUUUGUGGAUGCUGAUCAGAUUGUGCGCACAGAUCUAAAGGAAUUAAGAGAUUUCAAUCUAGAUGGUGCUCCUUAUGGAUAUACUCCGUUCUGUGACAGUAGAAGAGAGAUGGAUGGCUACAGGUUCUGGAAGUCGGGAUACUGGGCAAGUCACUUGGCUGGAAGGAAAUACCACAUCAGUGCUCUGUAUGUUGUGGAUCUGAAGAAGUUCAGAAAGAUAGCAGCUGGAGACCGCCUCCGAGGACAAUACCAGGGCCUCAGUCAGGAUCCUAACAGUCUGUCUAACCUUGAUCAGGAUUUGCCCAACAACAUGAUCCACCAGGUGCCGAUCAAAUCACUGCCACAGGAGUGGCUUUGGUGUGAAACAUGGUGUGAUGAUUCCUCAAAGAAGAGAGCAAAAACCAUUGAUCUGUGUAAUAACCCAAUGACCAAAGAGCCCAAGCUGCAGGCAGCAAUGCGUAUUGUUCCAGAGUGGCAGGACUAUGAUCAAGAAAUCAAACAGCUGUAUAACCUUUUCCAGAAAGAAAAAGAAACAGGAACACCAGCUCAGACGUUAGGACAACACACACAAGAUGCAGCAGCACAUGUGGAAUUAUGAUCCUUGGAGAAAAAUUCAAGUUAGACUGUUUCAUAGACAAUUUUUAUAUUGAAAGCUAGGUUUUUUUUUUGGUUUUUUUUUUUCUUGGUAUGUCUGCAAAACUGCUGAAUAAUUGAAUGGGAUGAUGUAUGCAUUUUUAUUACUUGCCUUUGGGUUAAUUUCUGCAUAUGAAAUAAGAUCUGGAUUGCUGGAAUUAGCAUUACUGUUCUUUUGCACCUGUGGUGGAGAUGAAAGAGCCCAUGAUGGAAUUCAGCAUUUUGGAAACAAAACUUCAAAAUCCACUGGAAAACCCCAGCCUGCUCCUUCAGCUGUUGCUGCCUCCACCACUAACGAAGAUCCUGUGUUAGCCUCAGAUCUUACUUGAGAGCCUGGAAAAUGCAGCCCAGUGAGCUGUUGGCUAGAACCUAAGCCCUCGCCCCCACUGGUGGAGUUAAUUUUGCCAGGUGAUUUUAAAAGGCUCCAAAUUGUGCUUUCCAUUGGGAUGCUGUUUCAUCAGCAAGUUUUUUUUUCGGGUUGAUUCAGUAUGCCCUUGAUUAUUUUUUUUAUUUUUAUUUUUUAAAUCAAAUCCAGCGUUAUUUCAUCUGUUUCCUGUCUUCAUUUGUCACCCAACUUUUGAGGGUUUGACUUCAUGUAAAUCUGCCACAAUCUGUGUAAAUGCCCGUCCCAAAUACAAAUGCCUACAGAGGGAGCAGAACAUUGGAUCUGACUGUUCCAUUCCUCGCAGCCCAUCUGACUGGAAAUAAAAGUGCCCUCCUGCCUUCUUUGCUCAAAGCUCAAGUCCAUCUGCAAAGCCGGUAGGGCCUUACCACUGCUGUGGUUCUCUGAUUCAUGAAUGUGUUUUUGUUUGUUUGUAGAAGAAUCUGUGGCAGCUUGGAAGCUUUUCAUCACAUACAUUUCAUUAACUUUAUUUUUCUUCAAACACAGGUGUUGUCACAUGAAUAAAAAACUUUGGAGUUCUUCGAUCCUAAGCUUUAGUUCACAUUCAGUCUUUUCAUCAUCCUCUUUUCUCACACAUUACUCCAAAUUUGAUUUUGGAAUUUUUGAAUAUUUGAGUUGCAUUUGUUUUCCUUUAAUCCACUGACAAGAAAACAUUUUGCUCCAAGGAUGAGUUACCCUGAGCCGAUUGGUUUUGUUGUUUUCUUUUUUUUUUUAUAAUUCAUGUGUUAAUUUUUAAAGAUGCUGCAGUAGUCAUAUGAACUUAAAAAUCCUCAAACCCUCCUUCCCUCAUUCUGUAGGAUUAUUGUCUGCUCCCUGGAACACAGAGACUUGGAAGAGUUGAAAUACAGGCACCCAACUGGUAUUUCUGAAGUGAAAGAUAGCCCUGUAUGCACUGCUUCUUUAGACAUCCAGGUUGGGGUUGUUUCUGCCUCCUGUUUUUUUUUAUACAGAUGUUGUGUGCUGUAAGAACUUCCCCCUAAAGAGAACCCUGACUUUUAGAUAUUUGUCUCAAAAUAUUGUUUUAUACAUCAUGUAAAUGUCCUGGGGGAUUCUAAAAUACAUCAGUUGUAGAAUUCAAACUUCUUCAGGGCAGUGCCCAAGUCUUUAGCCCAGACUCUUAGAGAACAUGAUAAAAAGAAGCAGCAACACUCCCUUAAAUUUGCAGUGCUGGUACUGGUGACAAAGUGAGUAAACGAAUCAGCACCACCAUGCACACAUUGCUCGUGGGUGCCAGAACAGGUAACUGCAGAAAGGCAGAGGAAAGGCCAAUCUCCCCUCUCCGUAGGGAAAACUGUGCAGAUGGGAGAGGCUGGAUAUCAAGCUCUGACCUUAUGAGCAUGAGUUUUCAACUGAGGUAUUUCUCCCUUUUGGGGUUUUCAGUUCAAAUGGUCUCCCUGAUGGUUUGUAGCUUAUAGAUGCUUUAUGCUUGCUGUCAAACUGCUCCAGGUGAGGCUAAGCAGACUUACCCUAGAAGGAUUUUUUCUAGUGUAAAGACCAAUGAUAUGCCUGCCAACAAAUUGAAGUUAGUUAUUAGAUAUUAUAUUGGCCUUUUUUAAUCAGAUAAAAUAACACUGGUAAUGCUCACCUUUCUGUGUUAGCUGCACCCCACUUCUGCCCCUUUUGGAGCCUAUGGAAUGGCACACAAUGGAGGACAGCAGCUGUGCUCCAGUUUUAUCCAGGGCUGCCCUGGGGCAGCAAAGGAGGCGUGCUUAGGGCAGAUGGGAUGGGGGUGCAGGAAGAGUCCCAGCAGAACAAGGAAACUACAGUUUGCUGUGAAAUAAGACCUCCUCCUGUCAAAAAACCGUAUUUGACUUUGCUUUUUUCAAAUGUUAUUUGAAGCCAGAAGAUGGAGAAUAAGGUAACUUGCUGAAAUUCAAGGCAAUAUUUACAAUACCUUCUUUGGAGCUGAAUAGGAAAAAAGUAUUUUUUUUUAAUUCAGUGUAAGUUACAGAAUUUUUUUUAAUUAUGCUCCUCCAUUGUUAAUAGUUAAUGUAUGCACUUGAACAUGCACACCACUAUUUGUUUUUUUCUUUUUAAUUAUUGACCAAGCUAUGGAGAAUGCUGGUUGUUUUUUCCUUCUCUUUAACACAGACCAUGCUCUUCUGUUCAGAUCUUAUUAAAAAAAACAUAUCAUGUGGAAGGGAGAGGAACCAGAAGCACACGUAUGAUGAGAUCUCCUACCUUUUGCAGUACUAAGAGUCCUGUAACUAUUCUCAAGUACAUAAUAAAAUCCUUACAGCACCAGGCAUUCAGAAUGUGAAGCACUACAGGUGUUUAUGGGAAGCCACUGUUUGCUCAUGAGAAUGACACUGAGAGGAUAAUACUUGCGGUUUGGAUCUGUGCAUGUGCUUGCUGGUAAAAAAGCAUCUUAUGCUGAGAUGAUAACUGAAACAGAGCUGCUUCUGACCGUGCCUGUUCCUAGAAAUGAGUAAGAAAAAUGAUAAGAAAAAUAGAAAAUUGGGAUGAAUGUGGUUACACUGUAAUUUUGGAUCCUCAGUCUAUAAAGGGCACUUCUGUGGCAAGGUAGUGCUGCUGUUCCCAGUCUCUCACUGCAACACAUUUGUCCUUUUGAUGAAAACUUGAUGCUGAAAAAAUGUUUUUUUGAAAGGAAGAUUUUUUUUUUUUUUUUUUUUGGCCUGGCUAGGAAACAAAUAACAGAACAGAAGUGCUGAAUAAUGCUGGGGAGAUAGGUCUGCCAUGGAGUUGUUGUAAAACAAGGAAGCGAAAGGGGGAUGUACAAAAGAGAAGAAGUAACAAUCCAGUCAUGGUUUUAGAAAUCAAAAUCUGUUCAAGAAUGUGCCACAACUCUGUGGUACUGAUACAUAAUGACCCUGGAUACAGGGAGUCACCUCUCCUGCAUAUUACCUGAACUGAGAUCACAGCAAUUUUCCCAGUACGGUGACAACAAUAAGAUGAUGUUUCAUAGAAUAAAGCCUUUCUGUUCUUUA